ACUAUAAAGCAAAACAUAAACAUAAACAUUAGCUUUCGCGAGCUAAAUAAGUUUUGCUUCGGGAAAUGCCGAGCUUCAAGUGCAUUGUGUGCAAGAUAUCGUUGACGUCCGUGAAGCGGAGAAAUGUCGCCAUUUCUUUUCACAAUUUUCCCAGCGAUCCAGAGAGAAAGCAAGCGUGGAUAGAAUUUUGUGGCACCGACACAGGUGUGGUGUGCUCGGAGCACUUUUCCGACGAUUGCUUUCUUGGCGGGCGCGACGAGAAACCCAAACGUCGUCGGUUGGUCACAAGGGCUGUUCCUACAAUACGAUUCUCUGUAAUGGAAAAUGGAACAAGAAUCCUGCCGACUACCAACUCUGAAGACCAUGAUCCCGAUGACUUUUCCGAGUCCUUUGACUACAUGCCAGAGGAAGAUGCAAUAUCGCUACAGCAUGACACGAUUUCCGAGCUAUCAAACCAAGUUGAAGAGUACAAAAACCAGCUUGAAGACUCGACCAAGAAGUUACACGAGAUGGAAGUAGCAUUAUUUGAGCGCGAUUGUAUCAUCGAGGAACUGCGGAAAAAGUUAAACGAAGCUACAAAGAACUAAUUUUUGAUUAGGUCCAAUUAAAACUCUGUUUCGGAAAAUUAAAAUCAAAAUGCCAACAAUUUA